AUGUUUUAUACGGAGAGCCUCUCCGUGCCCACUUUCGGCGUUUGUUAUCCCAUCACCACCGAUGCCCUCGAUGCACUCUAUGAGAAGGUCAAACCGAAGGGUGUCACCAUGACUGCCUUGUUGACAAAGGCCACUGCUAUGGCUCUUGCUCAGCAUCCGGUUGUGAACGCUUCAUGCAAAGACAGUAAGAGCUUUACGUACAAUAGUAACAUAAACAUUGCGGUUGCUGUUGCGAUUAAUGGCAGUCUUAUAACGCCGGUUCUUCAGGAUGUUGAUAAGAUGGAUCUGUAUCUUUUAUCUCAAAAGUGGAAGGAGCUGGUGGAGAAAGCCCGUUCAAAGCAACUUCAACCUCACGAGUACAAUUCAGAAACAUUUACUCUGUCCAAUUUGGGCAUGUUUAGAGUGGAUAGAUUCAACACUAUACUUCCGCCAGGCCAGGGUGCUAUUAUGGUUGUUGGAGCUUCAAAGCCGACAGUUGUGGCUAAUGCAGAUGGCUUCUUCAGUGUAAAGAGUAAAAUGCUGGGAAUUGAUUGGAGGGCGAUUAUGGAUGAAAAGGCUCGGUGGUUUGAGCGACAUUUUGAAAGGAGGAAAUUAAGCUUGCAGUUUUUAGUAAUGACAGGGAUGUCACAGGGACUAAGUGGAUUUUCAGCAGGGUUCUUUCAAGAUUGUUUGUGUGGUGAAAGGAGACUUAUUGAGAGUAUGAGGAAUUUCAUAGGAGUGGUGUGA